AGAAGGAGGAGGCGCGCUCAAGCGCUCUGUACACCUGCUCAGCGAUGGCAGCAAGAGGACCACGGUAAAGCCGUUUUUUUCGUUCAUUGUUUCAGAUUGUGAAAAGCUGAUGGGGCGGGAGCGAAGACACGUCGCUCAUUUAUUCAGCGUUUCGAGACCUGAAGAUGGGAAUUAAAAGAUAGGCUGCAGAAGGAAAAAAAAAACGUUCGCCUUGCCCUCUCGAUGCUUUCCACCCAUCGAAUUUCUUUCUUCCGACAAUUCAUGCGGGAGGAUGCAACAUCCUCUUCGUGAUGGAGCUAAAUACCAGAGCACUGAAUGAAUAACCUGAACAGCUGUGCUAUCUUCAUGGAAAGGAGACGAUAACAUUGCCCAGAUUAAUCAAGGGCUUUUUUUAUUCGUGGCUCCCCGUUCUUUUUCGCCUCUAGCCAUCCAGAUGAGGGCUAAGAUCUGUUCACACAACAUGCACGACAGCAAUGCAAUCAUGCAACAGCAAAGCGUGCACUUCAGCGAAGGGGCUUCUUUUAUGAUGCGGCCGUGUACUUGCUAACCAAGGAAUUGGGCAUCUCAACAACCACAGUAGGAAACAGAUUUAAAGACCAUCAGUGAAUGUCGCCGUUUCAAAUUGUGCAUCCCAAAGCGUAUGGAGAUACUAUUGUACCUUUCCUCAGCUUUCCUUCUUCAUACCUCAGUGGUCACUGGCACCUCUAUUCAUAUUGGAGUUGGCAGAAACUUCACCAGUGCCUAUGAAAAGAACAUCCUUCCAUGCAGGAAAGAAGAGCUUCAGUGUGGUAAUGGCCUUUGCCUCUUUAACUGGCUAAGAUGUCAUUAUAAGAAGGAUUGUGGUAGAGAUUACAUGUCGAUCCAAUUGAUCUGUUCAGAAGUGAGCUCAAACCACACCAACCCUGUCAAUGAGUACACAGACUUCAGAGAAGGUGGCAACGAGGCUAGCCUGCUGGUAUCGCCUUUGGUGGUGGCAGGUAUCGUCAUCGGCCUGGUACUCUUCCUGUCUUGUGUUACCAUUAUUGUGGGCAGUUUGAGGAAGGAUGGCCGCCUUCGCAAUCCACAUCUGCGUACCGAAGCCAGCUAUGCUCCAGAUGGCUUUUCCUAUGGAGGCUCCAUUAGGGAUCUGAGGUCAAGUUGCAUUGAUGAAUUUCCACCAGCAUUUGACUUUGACUCAUACAUGGAGACACUGUCUCAAGUCAAUGUGAUCUACCCCGACUCUCCACCACACUAUGAAGAAUGUGUGGGGCCUGGUGCAACACAAAUAUACAUCCCAACAGAUGAUCCUCCCCCCUAUUCAGUAACUGACCCGUGUCAAGAGGAUCUGAUGGCUGAAGCUUCCUGGGUUGUGGGAAGUACUUCCAGAAAUCCAAUCAGGAUGCGGGAGAACGGACAGCAGGCCAUCUCUUCUAUUUCAUUUUCAGCACAUCCCUUGGAGAAUGCACCCCCAUACGAGGCUGUUGUCUGUGAACAGAAUCUUCCCAUUCCCCUUAUCCCACUGGACUUACUAAAGCACACAGACACAGAUUGCCAUCAGCCACAACCUAUUUUUCAUAGACUUUUAUAAGCACUAUCGGCAUCAGGACCUUUUUCAGUGUUCCAAGGCAAGGUUAUUCACUUUGUUUUUUAUUACUGCUAUUGUAGGAGUAUUUUCUCUGUUUUACUUACAGAAGGUUAAGAGAAGAGAUAAGUGAAUAACAUUAAACCCUAUAACUCAAGCAAUGGAUCCUUUCACCUGUGAAACCCUGCUUCCAUUAAAUUUCAGUAGACUGUACUUGCAAAAUUAUUCAUCAGAUGUUUGUCUCUCACUGGAAAAACACAGUGAAAUGAAGGAGUAUACUGACUUUUUAUGACAGUUUAUCAUCAAGAACAUAUCUGGAAAAAUUGGUUCAGUUUUGGAGUUACAAGCUAGAUGCCCAGUUCUUACAGGCCUGUGACUUCCUAGAUUCUUACAUUGUUGGUGGGGAUUUGUGCCUCUCAAUUCAGAAUAGUCCACAACCACAAAAGAAAGACAAAGCUCGGAGAUUCUCAGUCAUGUGUAUCAUGGUGCACUUUGAUGCACACUUCUGUUGUGCUGGCAGCACAUUCGGGUAUGUAGCUAUUUCAUUCAUUCUUCAUCUAUCAGUUUUGUUGUGGAUUAGUGACAAUAAGGAGUAGCGUUAUAGAAGAUGGAGAAUGCCUAGUUUUAUUUGUAAAAAUAACAGGUUUAAACAAGAAAUUAACAGGGCAGCCAAAUCUUCAGCUUUUUUUUUUUUUAAAUCAGCUUUGUUUUUGUGUAUAAGAUAACGUUACUUUUAUGUUAAGUAAAUCUAAUCAAGCAUUUUGUGUCAAGAAUACAACAUAACACUAAAUUGAUUACUUGUGAUAUAUUUAUACAAUGCUUGUGCUAAUAAGCUUUCAAACAUUAGUAAAGAAAUCAUUUUCUUUUUUGAUUAUUUCUAAAAUGCAUUAAUUUCCUGUAAAAAAUCAGUAUUUGACUGACUAGUAUUUUCUUUAUCAACAUCUGAUUGGCUGACAUAAAUUUAAACAGCUUUAUUGAUUAAAAUGAUUAAAAAGAAUGAGAUUUCAUUUUCACAGAUUAAAAUAUCUAUACAAUCAAGCAGUCAAACAGUUUAGUUUUUUGCUUUUUUCUUUAGAACAAAAUGAAUCAAUAUUAACAUUUAGAGUUUCACCCUGCAUUGGUUUUCCUAAUAAUGUAAGUUAUCAUCCCACAAAUGUACUGUGCAUUAUUAACAAUUGUCUUUACUGAUGAAACACAUACUAACGGAAGAAUCAGAAAUUCUUCUUGUUGGGAGAGAAUUACCAUGAUUUGUGGCAGUUCGGUUGCAAUUUAAGAAUUUAGUAAACUCUCCGAGCCAGAGGAAGCAGUUCUGUGGGAUUUAUAUAUCAGUUUUGUCUGAAAUCCCAUUUUAUAUAUAUAUUAUCAUGUCAUGUGCUUUUAGAAAAAUUGUGUGAAUGCAUUUCAGAUUUAAAUGAAAUAAAUGACCAGGCUAAAGAACUGUUGGUUACAUAUUAAGAGGCCUGCUUUCUAAACAUUGUGCGUUAUUUACUGGUUGUCACGUACAGUAGACAAUGCACUAAUGUCAGUAGUUAAGUAAAUGUGCAACCACUGAAAAAUACUUUCUAUUUCAUUGAUAAUAUACUUUUUAUUGAGUAUUUGUGUAGAAGAGAAUUAAAUGGUAUCCACCCGCACGCAAUAAAACCAGUAUUGUAGGUUACAGCUUGCUUAGUUAGCAUAAAGCAGGCAUUAAAACAUGUCUUUGGACACCACAGAAAACUGCUUAAAAGAAAUGUUAAAAUGCUGUAAACAAGCAGAAGAGCCGAUUUGGUGUUCUCUUAAAAGCAGCAGCUCUAAUGACACUGUUUAAUGUUGUUAUGCCACCGUCUGUCUGUUACUGUGUAUUUGCAGCUGUUGAUUCUAUCUGGUAGUAGAGCAUUUAUAUAUAUUGUGUUAUUUCAAGCACCAAAGGUUACACAAAUAAUUGUUUGUAUUAAUGGAGCUAGGCAGAAUUUGUUUUGAUAAAAAUAAAAUAGAAAUAAUAAAAUAGCAAGUAGUUUACAUUGAUACUAGCUCAAUAUAUGAAAAGCUAAAUACAAAUUUUAAAAGUUACAGAAGGAAUUUGAUUAACCCCCUUUGAUUUUAUAGCAAACAUUCACUUAGCACUGCCCUAAAAAAUGCUUUCCUCAGUAUGGUUUCAGAGCCACACAGAAUUGUUUCUUAUUAGGAGUAUGUAAACUAAAACUAAUGAAUCUCAUUAAAUAGUGACAUUUUAGAAAGUCAAACAGUACAAUAAAUAAAUGUGUUUAAGAUUACAAUGAGAAAAAAAGUUUACUGUCUGACAAUAUGGCAAAUUAUUUUAUGUUCAUGAAGAGCCAGCCGGCACUUACCAUUUCUUAAAUACGUUUGCCAUGGUUUCAGCAAUUCUGCAAUAAAUAAUAACAUUUGCAGCAAUGAAGUGAAAUGUAUGUUAAUGCAAACCUCAAUUAACAUUUGUAGGACACAACGUAACAGGAUGAAGACUUUACCAGCUAAUCCAACGUUGAUACACUGAGAACGAAGUAUGAAAUCAACCGAAAACUGAACAUGUAAAGGUUUUUUUUUUUUUUGCCUUCACAUUUUUCAUGUUUUACAAUAUUUUUCUUUCUCUCUGUAACUUAAAAUUGCUUGUAACCACCAAACCAAAUUCCAAGAAGGCUAAUUUUGUAAGCACUGAUCUCUGGUGAGCUGCUUGAUAAAAAAACAUUUUUAAACUAUAAGUUUUGUUUACUCGUAAACAGUUCCAACAGAAUAUUGAUAGAUUUUUCAUUCAUGCAAAUUUAAAAUAUUCUGUUCAAUCAAAGUUUUAACAUGGCUGAUGUCUGAAAAGCUUGUGUGUUAUGUUAUGUGAACAUCCCAGCAUGAGUGAUUAUGGGUGCAGACAUCAUCCUGCCCUACAGUGGACCUGCAUCCUGACCCAGGGUGUUUCUUAACAAGCUACCAGAAUAGACGCUGUAAUGAAAAAGAGGUGGACAGACGUUAUUACACACAGAGAGUUUACACAAUGUAAGCUUAGCUAGUGUGUAGUUAUUAUUACAUCAGUUAUUAAAGUAUAUCUUUAUUAAUAUGCAAUAAGGCAAUGAUGCAGUGCCUUUACAAUUAUGGUGGUUAAUGUAAUGGAAACGUUACCCUGAAUUUGAAAAUUCAUAGCUCUGUUUACAUUAAAAAGAAUUUGUGAUUAAGUGAGAAUUACACAAACUGUAGAAAAGAAAUCUACAGUAUAACUAACACUGUAUUUCAGAACUGUCAAGAUCAUAGCAAUUUAUUGUAAUCCAGCAUCAUCACUAGUAUACUACACAAUAUUUUAAAGACAUAUGUUAUCUGUUAUAUACAUACAGUACUGCAAAUCAUGCAUCCUUUUACCAAGAAUUCUUAUUUAUAAAAGUCAUGCCAAAAGUAAUGAACAUAAUAAUUUUUAUUGUUCAAUAAAAGUAUAAAUUGGAAGUGUCUGGCUGUGAAUCAAAUCUACUGUGCGUAUUUGUGUUUACAUCUCUAUAAAAUCCACUUCCACUUCCCAAUUUUAAUGUUUGAAGAUCCCCUUGUUGUUGUUAAUAUCCUGUCCUUGCUGCCAUUUCCAUGAUUGCCAUUUUUGAUUCUCUUUGAUAACCUGAUGUCUUUCAUUGCUGCUUAAGCAGAGGCAGUUUGUGGUUGACCACUACAGGGCUAAUCGGUGAGAAUUGUAUUGUAUUGUAUUGUAUCUGUGUUCCUGUAUUUAAAGUGCUUAACCCAUCACUCGCAUUUCUCACCAUGCAUGUUGAAGUCAUGCAUGAAUCAGCUGCAAAGAUUUUCCAUGAGAAAUUCAGGCACCUGACAAAAUAAAGUGUUCUUGUGAGCCAUUUUUUCACACGGAGCAAUGUGCACAUAAGUGAGGAAGAUUGUGUCAGUUUUCAUUCUGGUAUGAGAUGUGAGUCACGUGGAACUCCCAUUGACAAUGCUGCACAUUUCAGUACUGUCACGCUCUAUUUGGUAAUUCCAGUGUGGUCAUUACUUUAGGUAUGAAUCUCAGUUUUAAAAUAAAUAUUUUGUUAUCGUUCAAAGGUCUGUCUUUUUCUAAUUAUCCUGUUCAUUGGAGUAAUUUCAAAUCUUUUUGUCUGCUUGAAAUAUUUUUUUUAUGGAGACUAAUUGUUGAGAUAUUUGUAAUAAAGAAGGGAAAUGUUGUGUGGCUGAUCUUAGAUAAAUGAAGUCCUUCAGCAGUAAAUUGAACUGUAAAUGAUAUUGUUGUGCACUGCAAUCAGACUCAGUGUUGGUAUGAAGCCUGUUUGGUUCAGUCUUUAAUUCCAAAAAUAAUGACGACAGAGAUUUCCACCAAAAAUGAUCCAAAACAGCUCUCUGAUUACAAUUAAGCAAGCAGUUCAGAAGCAGUUUUUACACUUUGACUUUGAAACACUUUUGAGAACAUCAAUGACUUAAGGGCAUGACACUUGCUCUCCAAAUUCUAUAUCCGCUUCUGUUGUCAGUUACUGUCUUUAUUGCUCAAUUACUGUAACAAAAACGUAUAUGUAUUUUCAUGUUUGUAUUAGAAAUUUAUUUCCUUUCUUAUACUCUAAAAAAAUAAAAAAAUAAGAACGUGAA